ACAUUCUACGACAUUUCAUAUACUAGUCGCGGUUAGGUCCUAUGAAUACGUUUGUGGGGUUUUUUUUUUUUGUUUUUUUAUUCCACAGGCUGGCUAAACUGAAACAUUCCAUGUUGAGGGGAAGUAACUCUACCAAAAGAGGGCGUUAAAAAGUUGUCAACAUUUGCCAUGAAAAACGUUGUUUUUAUAAAGUUUUCUUACGUGAAGAAACGGUCUUCAUAGUGCUGUCACUGUGCUAUGCAGAGGUGGACUGUUCAUCUGGAGGGAGGACCAAAACGUGUCAAUCAUGCAGCUGUUGCUAUCGGUGAUAAGAUUUUUUCAUUUGGCGGAUACUGCACUGGUGAGGACUAUAAGACAACACGACCAAUGGAUGUUUAUGUUCUUGACACAAUAUCUCUACGAUGGCGUGUCCUGCCUAUAGUUCCUGCCAGCCACCCCGACUACCCCUGUAUUCCGUAUCAACGUUACAGUCACACGGCAGUCGCAGUGGGCGACUGUGCGUACAUCUGGGGAGGCAGGAAUGGUAAAGAUGGUGCCUGUGAAACACUGUACCAGUUUGACAGUACUACAAACCGCUGGUCUCGGCCUGUAGUGUAUGGUAAUAUCCCUGGAGCGCGAGAUGGCCACUCGGCCUGUGUUAUCAACAAUAAGAUGUACAUAUAUGGCGGGUUUGAAGUGGAGGUUGAUAGAUUUUUUAAUGAUGUUCAUGCUUUUGACUUUAACACAAUGACCUGGAUGGAAGUGAAAACAUUGGGCAGACCAGCGUGUUGGCGUGACUUUCACACCGCGACGGCUGUGGGCAGCACCAUGUUCGUGUUUGGAGGACGAAGUGAUGAGGGAGGAGACCUGUUCACUAACAACGAGAUCUACUGUAACAAGAUGCAGACUUUCAACACACUGACCAACACCUGGCACGAGCCCGUAACCCACGGCGACAAGCCUCCAGGAAGACGAAGCCAUUCAUCAUUUAUGUAUUGUGGAAUGCUCUAUGUGUUUGGUGGAUACAAUGGACUCUAUGACUGUCACUACAAUGAUGUUCAUAAAUUUGACCCAGAGCAGAUGCGUUGGAGUUGUGUGAAGGUGUGGGGUCAGGGUCCAUGUCCUCGGAGGAGACAGUGCUGCUGUAUGAUAGGGGAGAAGGUCUACCUGUUUGGAGGGACGAGUCCAAAGAGCCCUGAAGCUGGAACACGUCGCAACCAGCUGCCAUUAUUGGAAAGUGAUCUCAUUGACCAUUCAGAUCUACAUAUUCUUGAUUUUGCACCAUCUUUAAAAACUCUGUGUGAAAUAUUUGUUUUGAACCUCAAGCUAGAUACCUCCUGUUUGCCAGUUGAUAUUAGGUGGGAACUAGCUGCCAUGACAACAAACAAUACAAUCAGUAGAUCGUGCAACACCAAUGGCUGAAGACCUUCUGUUGCUAUGGGGAAUUUAACAAAGACACAGCUCAGGGCCUCGUUCACUUUGAGAGUGUAGCAUGGCAUAUCUUGCAUACCCGUACAACAAGCUGGUCAUGCUCUUGGGCACUGCUUAGUUUGCACACUGCAGUUCAUGUUGAACAUCAGCACCUCGUGGUGGGCACAGAGUUACUUCAAGUACAAGCACGUGUGCAGGUUAAUCAUUUUACACGACUGUUCCUUCUCUAAUCAGUGGUUUAUAAAACACUUUCAAAUGUAUUCAAGUGUGCCAACCUACAUCAACAUUUAACUCUGCAUGGUCCAUAGUUAGUCAGAUAAUGACGUUUCAACUAUGAAUUGAGUGUUUGUAUUGUGUAUGAGAGGGAAAAUAUGGAGUUUAUUAGGUUGCAAUGAUUUUUGGUAGCUUUUGCUGCCCAACCACUGCCUGCAUUUUGUACUUAAAAUUAUUCAGUUCACUACUCUCGUAAUAUGUAGCUGCCUACUUUACCUAAGCAGCCACCUGCUUCAGAAGAUAACGAACACCAUGGAGGUAGCUUCUUAAACUAUGUCUUGCGUUAUUACUUGACAAAGUACAAUGGAUCCUGUCUUAAACUAUAGUCUGUCCAAUCAUACAAAAAUGUCUUUUGUUAAUAAUUUCAGUUUGAUUCGACAUAAAAAAAAGUUAAAGUGUUUUUGAAAUAACAAAAAACCCAUUAUUUUUGUGUGCAAUUUAGAAAACAAUCUGCUCAGAAAUAAAUAACUUGUAGUAAAUUCCAUAGUUUGAAAAAAAAAGACAUAUUCCCUGUUGGAAGGACUAUAGAUGCUUGUGGAAUCGAGAAAUUUGAAGCACCUAUGGUGUGAUGCUUUUUAUUUUAGUUGUGCACAUGUAAUUGUUUUCAAAAUGGCAACAAUACUUGUAUGAUGCAGUUAAUAAUGAAAACACAGUCACAUUAGUAUUAAAACCCAUUUGUGUUUGUGUCUUACAUUAGUAAACAGUGUUAUAGGUUGGAAGAACCACAUUACAACUUGAGCUUCUUUCAAUAAGAAGAUGACGCUUUGAAUAUAUCAAAAUAGCAUGUUUCAACCAAAUAAAAAUGUCAUUGUUGUAUUUGUAAA